AUGGAUGUUGAAUUAAAUGUAACAUUAUUAACUCUUGGUGGGUUUGUAGAAUUGCACAGAUACAGAUAUCUUUAUUUUGUCGUCAUAUUCACACUUUAUAUUCUGAUACUCUGCUGUAAUUGCACUAUAGUGUGCAUUAUCUGGACCCACACAAGCCUUCAUAAGCCAAUGUACAUUUUCAUUGCAGCUUUGUUAAUCAACUCUGUUCUUUACAGCACAACUAUUUAUCCAAAGCUUUUAUCUGAUGUUUUGUCUGAAAAACAGGUUAUAUCGUAUCCACUCUGUCUCUUCCAAGGUUUUGUAUAUUACACCUUGGAUGGUUCAGAGUUUUUACUGUUGGCAGCCAUGGCCUAUGACAGGUAUGUGUCUAUAUGCAAACCCCUGCAAUAUCCAGUUAUCAUGAAUAAAAUAACUGUACAUGUCUGUCUGGUUUUAGCUUGGGUUAUACCUGCUUUUGAGAUUGCAGUGUCAAUUGUGUUGUAUUAUAAUGUAAAACUCUGUAGCUUUACCCUGGCAGGAAUUUUUUGUAACAAUUCAUGUUACAAGCUUCAGUGUGUGCCCUCAGUAGCAAUAUCUAUAUAUGGUGUAGUCACGGUGAUAAAUAUUGUUCUUCUGCCUCUGCUUUUCAUACUUUUUUCAUACAUCAGGAUUCUUAGGAUAUCUUACCAAAGUUGUAGAGAAGUGAGGAAAAAAGCUGCAAAGACUUGUUUACCCCACUUGCUGGUUUUAAUCAACUUCUCCUGUUUUAUUGGUUUUGAUGCAAUUAUAAUGAGACUGGAAUCUGAUUUAUCAAAAACUCUUCGUUUGAUAUUAACUUUUCAGUCAAUUGUUUUUCAUCCUCUUUUAAAUCCAAUUAUAUAUGGACUCAAAAUGAGUGAAAUUUCUAAACAUCUCAAGAUAUUGAUGUGUCUGUUUAAAAAACAUUGA